CUUCUUUUAUUAACCUUCUGAAAAGGGGGCGCUCUACUGUUUCUCUUUCAAUUAACUAGACUAAUCUCCUUCCGCAAGGGGGGAUGCUUUACUGUUUCGGGGGUUUCAUCACAAGGGAAUAAAUCAAUCAAAACCCACGUUUCCGUAUAGCUUAAAUUUCGGAAAAGAAGAAUGGAGGACGCUUACCGGAUGUAUAACGAAAGCAGGCAGCAGGCAGUGGCUCUUACUGCUCUAGCAGCCAAACGGCCUCGUUCCAGUUAUGAAAUGCCCGUUAGUCAUGACAUAUCACACUUAUAUGCUCGUGAGGAUGGAAGGGGAGGACUUCGAGUCAUAAGAGAGAGUGAUUCCAUUAAUGAAUCAUACGACCGCUACUUGCAAACUGGGAUGUCAUCUUAUACUGGUGGUGAGGCUGGAAGGUCCAUGAGUGGUGGACUUGGUGGGCAUCAUCUUGUUGAUGAUCCUCGUCUCGUAGCUAUUGGCUUUUCAGACACAGUGGUGGCUGCGAAAAGAAGGUCCGUUGGAGUGGGAGGAGGGAGGCCUGAAACUCCUGUUGGAGUGGGAGGAGGAAGACCUGAAAUUGCACUCCCUCCAGAUGCUAGCAGCACACUGUUUGUGGAAGGCUUGCCUGCGAAUUGUACUCGCAGGGAAGUUUCUCAUAUAUUUCGCCCUUUCGUAGGCUACAAAGAAGCAAGACUUGUUACGAAAGAUUCAAGACGUUCUGGAGGUGAUGCACUGGUGCUUUGUUUCGUUGAUUUUGUGAGUCCAGCUCAUGCAGCCACUGCAAUGGAUGCCUUACAAGGUUAUAGGUUUGAUGAGCAUGACCGGGACUCGGCCCACUUAAGGCUGCAAUUUGCUCGCUAUCCUGGUGCAAGGUCAGGAGGUGGGCAUCGUGGGAGACGUUAGAGUUACGAAUUUCUGCAGGACCCAAUCCGUUAAGGCGAUUUACGAUUAUGAGUAUCACAGCUUUGGAGUUCAAUGGAAAGGUCAAUGAUGAUUAGGAUCGGCUUGGAUUAUGUUGGUUUCCAUUAAUCGGAGAGUGAACUCUCGUGUCUAAGGCGUGUUAGCCUUUACGUUUUUCCUUCACUUUAGUUCCGUCUCUCAUAUUUCCUGGACUGCACAGAUGCUAUGUUUUAUUAGUAGAAGCAUAUUCAAAGGAUGCUUCGUUUAUUUCUUGGGAUUAAAAUGUCACCAUUUAGAUAUUUUGUAAUAAUCAGAUUUAUGGAUGCUACCUUUUUAUGCUGCCUAUUAAUUGAUGUCCAUUUGUUAUGGUGCAUUAUGGAUUGGUCCUUGGUCUUCAAA